AUGCGACUCUUUACUAUCUACUUGCUCUCGGCAGCGAUGCCGAGUGCCGCUUUUUCCGUUCAGCGCCCACAGUUGAGGACCCCUAGUGCGACGGUGUCGUCUCGCAUACUGCGCAACAAGUACGACAGUGUCACAAGUCUCCAUGAAAGCGAAAGCGGCACCGAAACCACCGCGACUAGUAGCAGCGCUUCCUCAUCGUCUCGCGGGCUAUCCAUUCCACUUUCGUGGGAAGAAAUGGUACGCCAGGUCGCUUCGGCAAUGAAGGAGGCAUCUGAAAAGGGCACAUCUCGUCAGAUUGUCCGGGUCUUGUUACCGCGGGAUAGUUCCUCCGAUGAUCUCGGAAAAUAUAUCGAAGAAGGCUUCGAAAACAGCAAUAGUAAGGGUGAGAUUGCGCUCGUGCCUCCGGACGAGUCCUGGCAAGGCGGUAUCAUGCAAUUGUACCGGGCCGCGGCUCCGACAGCCUCCGAAAUUGUGCGGACGCUCACCUCCACAAGUAGUUUGCCGUCCCGAAUUUCCGAAGAUCGGAGUGUGGAUGAGUCCGGUGUAGACGGAGUGGGGUUGUUACAGACCGAAGACCAAUCCGUCAAUUUGUGGGUGCAGCCGACGCAGGAAUGUGUAGAUGGUAUGGUAAAAAUGUCGGAACAGGUGGAUGCCAAUAAAUUGGUUGUCUUGCUCAAUCCGCAGUGGCGCCAAGUUGACGAUGCCUUGGAUGCGCAGUCAAAGGGUGAAGGGUUCAUGUCUACCUUGGCCUCGUUUCUGGGUGGAAAGGGUGGAACUCUUAAACAAUUGGCAGAAGCAGGAUAUCAACCAGUAUACACGUUGGAAGGGUACGUAUGCCGGGGAUCCAAUGUGCGGUUACUUCAGGUCUUAGACUCGCCUUGGACUGUCUUUUGUGAGCGGGACAAUCAAGAGUCGUACAUCCAAGUCGGCACUAGUGAAGCCCGACCGACCUACCAGCAAGUGGAAGUCAUGUUGCAGGAUUCCGAUAUUGGUUACAAGUAUGCGCGUGAUAUGGGAUGGCAAGAAAAACUGUAA